AUGGCAGCUUUCAACCUCACCCCCUCUGAACCUUCACCAUUUAUCCUAAUAGGCAUCCCUGGCCUGGAAGCUGCCCAUAUCUGGAUUUCCAUCCCUUUCGCUACGUUCUACAUUAUCAACCUACUGGGAAAUGUCAUGGUUCUGUUUGUCGUAAGCAAAGAGCAGACCCUGCACAAACCAAUGCACCUGCUUCUCUGCAUGCUGGCGCUCACAGACAUUGGCAUGUCUACCUCCGUUGUGCCAAAGGCACUGUGUAUAUUUUGGUUCAAUUUGACCAGUAUUACUGUGGGUGGCUGUCUCACCCAGAUGUUCUUCCUUCAUGUGGUUUUUGCUAUGCAGUCAGCCGUCCUUGUGACAAUGGCCUUUGAUCGCUACGUUGCCAUAUGUAACCCUCUGAGAUACAACACUAUCCUCACCAACUCACGGAUAGCUAAGCUAGGUCUAGUGGGUUUGAUAAGAGCUGUUCUCGUUGUUCUGCCCAUGCCCGUGCUCCUCAGCAGGCUGUCAUUCUGUGCUAACCACAUUAUUCCCCAAACACACUGUGAGCAUAUGGCGGUGGCAAAGAUGUCAUGUGGGGACAUUACAGUUAACAGGAUGUACGGCUUGGUGAUAGCAAUCGUAGUCAAUGUGUCAGACCUGACGCUCAUUGCCCUGUCCUAUGUUCUGAUCAUCAGGGCCAUCCUCAGAAUCUCCUUCAAGAAAGCCCACCAGAAAGGCCUUAAUACCUGCACAUCCCACAUCUGUGUGAUGCUGAUGUCUUAUACUCCCUCCGUCUUCUCCUACCUGACACAGAGGUUUGGUCAAGGAAUUGCUUCCCAUGUACAUGUCACCGUCGCUAACUUCUAUCUCCUUGUUCCCCCCAUGCUCAACCCUAUCAUUUAUGGUGUCAAAUCCAAAGAACUUCGUGAGAAAGUGGGUAAAUACACCUGCAGAAGGUGA